UUUAAUUUUUUCACAUUUUUAUUUCAAAGAUUUCGAAUACAGGCAAUUAGGUUACCUAAUCAAAACAGGAAGCUGAAAUUUAGUCAAUAUCCUAUUUUUUAAAACCUUUUUUGGUUUAAUUAGGACCACUUAGGUGGGCCUUUCUGGAGCCUUUAGAAAAAUUUAUGAUUUUUUAAAAAUCCAUUCGGAAGUAGAAUGUUUAAAACACGAACCUAGACCAAAUUUCAAAUCUCCUCCUAAAAUUGAUCAAUGCCAAGACCUUCCAAUUAGAAAAAAUGAGGAAGGUUUCAUAAAAUUAGUUAAAAACUCACAGGGUAAAAAUUAAAUCAUAUGAAUGACGAUGCUCAGCCCUUCCCCCCCUCCCGGCCAUUCUUUCUAAAGCCCAAUCAAUCUGAAAAAAAUCCUUCAAGAGGAAAAAGUUGCAAUUUAGAAAAAAAAUGAAAACAAGAAUACUUCGCAAAAUUUAUGGGUACUUAAAUGAGAAGUUAAACAAAUAUGUGGCAGAAGGUCAACUCAUUGCGGUUUUAGAAAAUCUUAAUGCAUACUGCUGAAAAAGUAUCUGUAAAAACCUUAUCAGUGCUUAUCUCACGUAAGGUUUAUCUUUUACGCGGACGUUUAUGAUGUUUAAUUACUACUAAAAAAAUUGAAAAUAGACCAUAAGUUAACGAAAACAACCUUAACCUUGAAUGUUAUUAACACUUUAAAUUUAACAAUUCGCAAUCAUUUAAAAUUUUUCAAUUCAUUUGAGCCCAGUUUAAUAAAAAACUGCUUGAGGCAACGACGCGAUCGAAAUGUACAAGUGCACGCGAUACGUAAUAUUGUUGUUGCUAUUCUCGUCAUCAUCGUUAUGUGCCAAUAUUCUGGGACUUUUUCCAGCCAAAUUCAAAAGUCACUACAUCGUGAUAGAUUCGGUAAUGACGGAAUUGGCCAAACGUGGACAUAAUGUAACGGUAGUUAACGCGUUUCCAAAAUCUCGCCCUAUGGGUAAUUUUACCGAUAUCGAUGUAAGUGCUUGUGAUCAAUUACCAGACGAUGUUUUCUCUAUGGACGAAGCGUACAAAGAAUUCAACACUAUUCACGGACUAGGAAUUUUGUUCGAAUUGGCUGCAUUUUUCGAACCCCUGAUCGCAUGCGAAAGUGUACAGCAGCUGUUACGAUCCGAUCAAUCGUUCGAUUUAAUCAUAACUGAGAUCUUUCAUACGGACGUGAUGCUCGCAUUGACGGAUAAAUUCAAAGCACCUCAUAUGGCUUUUGUGAUGAACCCGCUGUUUCCUUGGGCCGCUGAAAGGAUAGGCAAUCCUUGGAAUCCGAGUUACAUAAGCCUUCCAUUCACUGAUUACCCGAUGGAUCAGAAAAAUCCAACAUUUAGUCAACGAUUUUGGAACACGGUGUAUAGCUUUUACGGUGCAUACAAACAUUACGAAACUAACCUGCAGAAUGAGAAAAUGGCCAGAAAAUAUUUCAAUAACAAGAUACCGCUCAGCGAAAUCGCUAAGAAUACCAGUUUGAUUCUGUCGUUCUCGCAUUUUAGCUUCAAUGGACCCGUUCCACUGUUACCAAAUGUUAUCGAAAUCGGUGGCGUGCAGAUAAGACCAGCAAAACCGUUACCCGAGGAUAUUCAAAAAUUCAUCGACGAAUCCGAACACGGAGUUAUUUACUUUAGUAUGGGAUCUUUGCUUAGGAUGGACACUUUCCCUGAUCAUAAACGAAUUGCAUUCUUCAACGCGUUCGCCAAAGUACCUCAAAGAGUCAUAUGGAAGUGGGGAAAAAGUCACUUUCCACACGAAUCUAAUAAGAUUCUCGUCAAGUCGUGGUUGCCACAGAGAGAUAUAUUGGCCCAUCCAAAAGUGAAACUUUUCAUAGGCCAUGGCGGAGCUCUGGGUUUAAACGAAGCCAUCUACGAGAAAGUUCCUGUUCUAGGCAUACCGAUGUAUUCUGAUCAAACGACCAAUUUACACGCAUUACAAUCCCAAGGAGUAGCUGAAAUCCUCCACUACACAGAUAUUGAUAACGACACAGUUCUUGCUAAAAUUAAGCAAGUCUUACAGCCAGAAUACUCGAUUAAUAUGAAAAAAGUAUCAGAAAUAUUUAAAGAUAGACCUAUGUCUGCAAUGGAUACUGCGAUUUACUGGAUCGAAUACGUGAUACGGCAUAAGGGAGCUCCUCAUUUACGCUCAGCUGUUGCAGAUUUACAUUAUUAUCAAUACUUACUUCUAGACGUUAUCGCUUUUCUUCUUCUUGUCAUCUUUGGUGGAAUAUUUUUGGCGUACUACGUUAUGAAGAAAUUCUUAUCAUUUUUCAAUCCGAUACCAUCUUCUGACUCUAGAAAGAAAAAUGUUAAAAAAUACCAAUAGAUAAGGUAGGAGUAGUACGAUUGAAUUUAUUUUUUGAAAUCUCGUUUCUUUCAUUUUUUUUCCUAGUCAUUUUAGCUCUGUUUUGAAAACGAGAUUAGAAGUAGGUAUUAUUUCGAAAAUUGAUGAAUUUUGGUAUCAUUUAUUUUUUUUUCAACACCAGAAUUAUGAUAAGGUAGGUAUAGAAAAUUUCAGGAGUUCUUUUUUUUAUUUUUUUUUAAAUACCCGGAUUUAAAAAUUGACUUUCUGUUUUUUUUUUUAUUUUUUUAAAUUAGGUACCUACCUUGUAGAUUUUUUGGAAAGAAAUACAUAUCUUGAAAUGAGAAUUUUCAUGAAAAGUGACGAGCCUUCCUCACGUGUUCUUUUUUAAGCCCUCUUUUUUUACCGUGAGGUAUUUUUUGGAGGAGGGGAGGGGAGGAGAAUUUCCCUUUUCGAGUCUAAUCCUAGGUGUCUACUUCACGUUGUAAAAAUGUCUAUCACUGGUUCGACCUCGGCUUAUCGUCGAUUCGAAAAAGGAAAAAAAUGUGGUUUCCAAACAUUUGUACAAUUUGAGUACAUUGAUCGAUGCGAUAAAAAUGAAGUUUUGUUGAUACAUUUAUCACCGAACACAAAACACCUCGCGAGUAUGUACCUACGUUCACGUCGAUAAUUUAGCUAUUUUACGAUUUUUACUGGCACUCUUUAUACGUGUACUUUUCAUAUACCGUACCUAUCUCUAGGCUAUUAUUUCUUAUACAGAUUGCAUAUUGAAGUUUUGCGUUGGACAAAAACGUAUUAUUUUUUUCAAAAUCAUAAUUUCAAAACAAUGGGUAACAUUUCAUCAUUAUUUCUUAUUUCUGCUGGUGAAUCCAGCAAACACCACGCAUUGUUUUAUUUACUUCGGUAUCAUUUUUCGAUUUCCAACCUAUAACGCCUGGUUAUCUAAUCCUUGAAACCAGCCAAUAGUGACGUUUACCACGCACACGUCGACGAUGACCAAUAAUUAUUAUCAGUUUGGGUACUUUUUUUUUUUUCUUUAAACGAAGAAAGUUAACGCUGAAAGGAAAAAGUUCUGAAUAUGGUUUCCUUUUCUGUCACUUCUAUUACGUUGGUAAUGUCCAAUAAUUAAUACGGUUUAUUAGUUUUCCAUUUCAAGUGCUCUUUUGUAUAGAAAAAAAAUCAUUUAUUUUUCGCCAGCACCGUUGCGUUAUUCGUAGUUAUUUUAACGUAAUUUAAUUUAUUUUUAAAAUUUUUAAUUGGUGAAAAUACAACAAGCAAAAAGUGAUAUUUCUGUGAUUCGAUAAGUUUAAUACAAAUUAAGUGCACUGUAAAUAUAAAUUAUAUCGAUUUUAUUUGAAAAA